AUGUCUUCUCGCGCUUCAGCCAAGUCCCCUACCCUGGGAUCUUCAUCUUCCUCGCGCAACCAGCCUCAGAGUCUGGCGCAGGAACUUGCCAGCGUCGAAGACUACGACAUGCCGGACCUUAAGUACGACUCCGACGGAGAAGUUUCCUUCACCAAAGAAGGUUACGAAAAACUCCGGCGCAUCAUCCAGAAACAAGACGCCGAAUCCAAGGAGAUGCAAACCUUCGUUAAUGAAAGCAAGCAGGCCAUGAACAGCCUUAACGAGCAACUCCAAAACGCCGGACAAGCUUAUAAGAAGCUUGAGAAAGACAUCAGGGGUGACGCCAACCUCAAGAAGGUCCAAGAACUCCAGGAAGAACUUAAUACCCUUCGAGCUGCCGCCAAUAUUGUCACUACCCCUAUUGGAGGACGACAGAAGCUCAAACUCAGUGCCCCUAUCACCUACGACGGCACCCCUGGACAACUCAAGUCAUUCCUGAUCUAA